AUGGUACAGCCAGCAGCUGCAGCGGCUGCUGCAGCGGCAGAUGGUGUUCCUGUUGCUGCUGCGGGGGCGGCUGCCGCGGGAGCAGGUUCACGGGAGCACAGCAGCAGCAGUGGGUGGACCGACACCGCGAGUGUAGAUUCUGCUUCAAGUGCCGUGAUGCCACCGAGGCGUAGUGGAAGUGCUGCAGACAAGAGAGGGUUCAGCGAGUCGCCGCCAGGGGCCUUAUGGGCCUCGCCGGCGUAUGAAGCUCGGGAGCCUGGUGAGGGAGCAGAAGGCCAGCUGGCUUCACCGUAUUCCUCGCUGCAGCAGACGAGCAGCCGCAGCAGCAGCUGCAGCAGCCGCAGUAGCCGUAGCAGCUCGGGCGCCGGGUCUUCUGGGGUUCAUGCGCGUGGUAGCCGCCACGGAGGAAGCAGCAGGUCUGGUGCCGUUGGUGCCGAAGGGGGUCCACGCGACUGUGAGGAGGGGGCUCCUGAAGGGGGGGAUCCUUCUGCUGACAGCGACGUGUACUUCACAGAGAGCGACGAUGAGGACCAUCGGGAGUACAGAAGCGGCGGCUAUCACCCCGUAUCUGUGGGGGAGAUUUACGCGAACAGGUACCGCAUUGAGGCGAAACUCGGCUGGGGCCACUUCUCGACAGUCUGGCUCGCUACGGACCUCAAGGCUGUUCCCCUCGAGUUUGUGGCGCUGAAGUUCCAAAAGAGUGCCCGGCACUAUACGGAGGCGGCGGCAGACGAGGUGCAACUGCUGACCAAAGUCAAGGACGGCAUGCGCCACCCCUGUUGGAGAGAAGCAGCCAAGUCUUUCUCGAGCGCGAUCCGUGAGCGCCACGAGGCAGCGGGUAUGCCGUAUGAGCCUCCGCGGAAAUUGCCGCUUCCUCCAGUGGUGUUGUUUAAGGAGCAGUUCCAGCACACGGGACCCAACGGCGAGCAUAUGUGUCUUGUCUUUGAAAUGCUAGGUCCGAAUUUGUUGUCUCUGAUAAAACGCUACAACUUCCGGGGUUUGCCGCUCCCUCUGGUGCGGCGCAUAGCACACGACAUUCUGCACGGACUGCACUAUCUGCACGACGUUUGCGGUAUUAUCCACACGGAUCUCAAGCCCGAAAACGUCUGCGUGUCGGCCUAUCCGCUGCCGCCCCCCAACCCUCUGGUGGCUCCCGUGUCUUCGGGCCAGCAGCAGGAGCAGCAAGAGAUGGAGGGUCUCACUGCAGAGAUGCGAAAGAGACUCAGAAAGAAGAAAAAACGAAAGCAGCAGCGCCUCAAAAAGAAGGCAGCAGCUGCUGCUGCAGCAGCUGCUGCUGUGGGUGAAGAGGAAGCUGCCCAGUCCGAAGAGGAAGGGGAGGGGGAGGAGGAGGAAGAAGAGGGGGAGAAGCAGCAGCGGGAAGCAGCAGGGGCAGUGGAAACUGCUUCUGCGAGUGCAGCAGGCGCAGCUUCAGGCGCGGCAGUUGCUGCAACCGAAGCAGCCAGCAGCAGCAGCGCGGCACAGCAGCAGGAGGGAGGAACAGGAACAGUACGUGUCCCGUACGUAAAGCAUUUGCUGAGGCCGAGCCGGUCGGACCCUUCACUGCUGACGUCUUACACGGACGAGAUCCACGCGCUGCAGGGCUCUCUUCAGAAACACGUGUAUAAUUACGUGGGAUACUCGCAGUAUCAGCCGCAGUCGGCGUAUUGCUGCCCUAAAACAGGCGGUAGGAUUCUGUACUGGCUGCCUAAGGAGAGGCCUGAAGAGGAGGCCCUGCGAGAGGGGGGAGAGGAGGUGGAGGGAACGCGGAGCCGCCUACCGCUGCUGCACGACGAGUUGCUGCUGCAUCCGGCAGCAGAUAGGCUCUACAACCAACGAAUGAAGGAGGUGGCGCGAACCAGUGACAAACGAGAUGCCCAUGGCCAUCUGCUGUAUGGCCCUUAUAUCAAACUCGAAAACGAAGAGCAGGCUGAGAAGGACAUGACCGUUGUUCAGACUUCGGAAGGACCUAUUUGCAUCAAGCCUUUGCCCCCCAGUUCAUUUGCAUUUGAGCAUCCAAAUGCGGUGUACAAGUUGUGCGACUUGGGGAACGCGUGCUGGGCCCAGGAACACUUCACCGAUGAUAUUCAGACUCGCCAGUACCGCUCGCCAGAGGUGAUAAUUCGCGCAGGAUAUGACUGCACGGCGGACGUGUGGAGUUUCGCCUGCAUGGUGUUCGAGUUGGUGACGGGGGAUUAUCUUUUUGACCCGAAAAGCACCGGCGACUUCGACAGAGAUGAGGACCAUCUCGCUCUGAUCAUCGAACUUGUGGGGCCUAUGACUUUGAAUUUUGUCUCCCGCGGCCGUCACUCGCAUGUAAGCGCAGCCGCCAAGGCCCUGCACAUCGCACAUGAUAGAUUUGGCGUGCAGUUGCGCGAGGAUUUACAUGGGUCGGCACGGCGUAGGCUUAAGGCCUUCGGACUCAGUUUGCUUAUGCUUUCAAGAUGCGACUGGAUGGGUUUGGUGUUUCAGCGCUUCUUCCGGGAACGCUCGACGGAGUUGCGACGAAUCGACGACCUGCGGUUUUGGCCGCUUGUGGCGGUCCUUAGAGAAAAAUACCACAUGGGAGAGGCGGAGGCUGUGGCGCUGUCUGACUUUUUGGUACCCAUGUUGGCGCCCGACCCGCUGAAGCGCCAAGGGGCAAAACAGAUGCUUGACCACCCGUGGCUGCGAAUGCGUUCCCCGGAAGACGAGCUGGCCUACUGCGAGAUGCGCAACAACAUGCACGUCUCCAGGCCAAACCUGGAUGCGCCCCUCCUUUCUCUGUCUCCUGGGCACUCACCGGCCGAUCUUGCAGUGGGACCCAAUGCCUUGUGUACCCGUCGCCCUGAAGACGCUCAUGGGUCCGCCCCUCCAGGAACUGCUGGUGCGGGGUGUAUGUACAGCUCGGCCCCGGGAUAUGGCCCUUCGCCUCCCGUGAUUGGGGUGUCGUCGCCCUACGCGCUACAGCAGCACCAACAGCAGUUGCAACAGCAGCAGCAGCUCCAGCAGUUGCAGCAGGAACAGCAGCAUCUCUAUGGCUCUGCUCCAGUGGUUCUACCCGCCGGUGGAAGCCCAGUUGACCCGAGCAGUGAGCUCUACACGCUGCAACGGCAACAGUUGCUGCAACAGCAGUUGCAACAACAGCAGCAGCUGCAGCAUCUACAGCAGCAGCAGCAGUUGCAACAUAUGCAGCAGCAGCAGUUGCUUAUCGAAGGACUGGGGCGUCAUGUUGAGGGAGAAAGGAGCAAGACGACACAGUCUACUGUUGGCAUCCUUGGCGUUGUCGGGGGGAACAAUACAGGCUGCAGUAGCACGGCAGUGACAGCGGCAAGCAGCAGCAGUGGCAGAACAGGUGCAACUACAGCACCGGGAGCAGCAGCAGCGGCUGCUGCUGCCUCUGCUGCGAGGAUGUUGAUGGGCUACCAAGGAGCAAAUGAUCCUCAGUACUUUCGAGCAAGCAGAGACUGUUGGGAUGGUCGGGGCGUUCCAGCCUUUCCACCCAUUGGCAGCAACAGCAGCAACAGCAGCAGCAGCAGCGCUGGUAGUUUACGUCCGGAGACUGGCGGAGUGGAGUGGAUGGUUCGCGGAUUCCAAACUCCAGCGGUAGGUGCUGCGGGAGACGCUUCCCAACAACAGCAACCUCAGCAGCAGCAGCAGCAGCAGCUUCCUUCUACAAGUGGGAGCGCCUGCGGCUCCUCUGCCGACAAGCGGCCUGACGGCCUCCACCAAGGGAGUGGCGCGCGGGUCUCUGCAAACCCGGCGGAGACAGAAGCCCAUGCUGUUACUGCGCCUGCAGGAGAUUGGGGAAGUGUAGGCGGGCCUGUGUCUUGGCUACCGGAAGCGGCCGUGAUGCAGCAGCAGCAGCAGCAGCUCGAGCAGCAGCAGCAGAUGCGGCAACACGCACAGGAGAUGCAGGAGAGGAAGCAGGAGUUCUUGCGUCAGCAACAAGAGCUUAACAGAAUGCUUAAGGGGGUGCAGCAGCUGCAGCAUGGUUUAUCAGGGAGCUCUUGA